UGCGCCCUCGAGCUGCCUUGUUCUUUAUCUCCUCUGUGCUACAUGACGAACAGCAAGUCAAACACACCCUCAUAUGCAGGCAGCUGCAACCCGCCUCGGCGCGCGAAGCGUCAGCGGGCUAAUGCGAUGGGCGUUGCGGACGUGACGGCGUCCGAUAAGCAGUCCACCAGCAGCCGUCGGUCGCGGCCCCCUAUCCUCCCCAAGGCUCACGCUGAAGAAAUCAGCUCACCACAGGCCGAGAUGUCUGGAUCGGACGCUGAGGAGGAAGACGAUUACGAGCCAGACGUAAGACCAUCGGGUCCUCGGCGCCGGGGCCGCAAACCGGGAGUGCUCUCUCGUUCGGUACGAGAGUCACUUCGCAAGCUGAACCAUUCGCGUAUCGAGAAGGCGCGUCGAACGAAGAUCAAUGAUGCUCUGUCGACGCUUAGUAUGUUGGUCAACGAAGCCGAGAGACAGGAAGGCAAGGAGAACCAGGUGGAAGGUGUGGAAGAAAAGGAAGGCGGGAAGGAGGACGGGAAGCGUCCGAGGAAGGCCAGACCGGAAGAGAAGGAGUUCAAGCUUGAUGUGCUCGUGAAGACGGUGACGUAUAUGCAGGAGCUCAUCGAGCGGGUCAAGGUGCUAGAGUCCGGCUGUUACCCGAAGUGCUCCAAUGAGGCUCCGCCGUCGUCAUCGUCCGCGGGCAUGAAGCGCAAGAGACCUGCGGAGGAUGAAGAAGAAGGUGCAGAUACAGGCGAUCACAACGACGACAAGUUUACAGAUGACGAGGACACGUACGCCGGAGAUGACGAGAAGGGCGACGGCGAGGAUGUCGAGUUGACGAUGACCUCGCCUAUGCUGCCUGCCGCGUCUUCUGCGUCUUCUCCGCCUCCUCGUCUCCCUUCCAUCGCCUCCUGGCUCCCAUACCCGUACGUCGACCCGAGCUGCAUCGCUAUUCUGUCCAAGCCUCCGGCAUCCGCCACCACAUCCCCCAACAUUCAGCUCCCCUCACCGCCUCCGUCGGACAAUCUCCGCCCGUCUACGAUUACCCCUGUGGCCAACGUCCCUCCUCUCGUCCUCCCGGAACCAGCGCACCCCAUCUUUCCAUCCGCACCGUCGCGCAUUGCUAUCCCUAUCAGCAGCAUCACUUCGCCACUGGAGGAUGCAUCGGAUGCGCGAGAACGCCGCGCAAGUGUCUCGUCCUCCCGCUCUUCAGGUUGGACGCCCGAAGACGAGUCUGCAGCGUCGUUGCUGCUGCAGAUGAGCACGUCGCCUACGGGGUUAGUUCCGACAUCCUCGGUAUCGAAGGGGGCAGAGCUGUCAGCGAGAUCUUCAACGAGCCCGAGUUGGGCGACGACGAGGCCGAUCUUGCCCGUGCCUUUGCUGGCCGAGACGCCGAGUUCAUUGCUUGGCUUGAGGAGGAGGUGAUGUGGCUGGAAUGCCCUUCUCCUCGUUCUGGGGGGAUUGUUUGGUAUGAAGCUCUCAUCCUGUUCAUUGGUGGAUUGUGAGUCGGUAUCUACAUAUCUUGUUUCUCAUCUCUUAAGGUCUCGCCUCUCAGGUCGUCAGUCUUUGUGUGUCUUAACUUAUUUUUUCUGUCACGAUCGAAGCGUCAGAUUAUGUACGAUUUCUACGGCUAUGAAUGUAUGACUUGAAUAGCACGCAUAUAGAUUAGGA